UUAGGAAUGGUGAAGUUGGUGAUGGUGAUUGCUGUUGUUCUUGGUUUUGCUUUUGGUGAAUAUUAUCUUAUUUUGUGAAUAACCUUGAAGAAAAAAUACCAAUACAUGAUAAGCAAAAUAUUGCUUGUUUAUUUUUUAUUUAAAUAAACGUUUAAUAGUUUUGAGUGAGCAAAUAAUACUUGCCAACCUCCCUCUAAAUUAAAAAAGGUCAUGUUCUCAAUAUUGAAAAUACAUUAGAAUAGCAUCUUUGCCUGGAAGAUGUGGAAAACGUUAACAAGAGGACUGAGGGCUCCCUUUGAGCGAGGCCCUUGGUCCAAUCGAACAAGUGGUGGUGAACAGUCUACAGCCCCCAAUAAUCAAGAAAACAAGUUCCAUCUACCAUGUCCGUUCAGAUUGAUACCAAGUCUGUUGGAAAAAUGUCAGACCUACCCUUAUCUGCCAUUCUGCUCGGAACAGAAGGCCAACCAGCAAGGGGCCGAGAGCGAGGGUCGUUCUGAUGAGUCGUGCAAAAACGAAACACUUCAUCAUCAACCUUGUGGCUUACUGGGAGCUGUUGGUUGGAGCGGCGUUCUGGUUCUGGGCUGGACAAUCCUGCAGCCAUGGUAUCGUCACGACGCCAUACGUCGCCAUCAACCCAAACUCCACACAGAAGUCAAGCACAACUUGAAGCAAAACGUGAACCUCAGCCGCUACCAGAGUCUCUACAGAUUGCUAAUACAUCCUGCCUUCUCCCAGCCGCUUCUUCCGCCCUUCUCAACAUCCUCUGUGGAUUCUCAGUCAUCAGUCUCGUCUUCUUCGACUUCCUCCUCGGUGGACUCUCAAACAUCAGUGUCGUCAUCGUCUUCAGUAGAUUACUUCGAUGUUUCUAAGGAGUCUUCGACUACUGACCGUCAACUUACUCCAGAUGAGGCCUUUGACCAGGCGGCUGAAGAGGUGAGACUGAUCCACGAGCGCGUGAUGGGCGCCUCGGAGAACAGACAGGGCGUGGCCUGCAUGUCGCUCAGUCAGAACCGGAAAGCUAUCGAACACUUCCGUGUGGCCUCCCGUCUGCAGUAUGCGCCCGCCGCAUUCAAUCUAGGCCAGUGCUAUGAGCUGGGCAUCGGCACCGAACAGGACUUCACACAGGCAGCCCAAUGUUACCAGAAAGCAUCAGACCUUGGCCACCCGACAGCUAUGUACAACCUGGGCGUGUUCUACGCGCAUGGCUGGGGCGGGCUAGUGGCCGACAGUACGCAUGCGCGGAAACUGUUCACACGCGCCGCCAUGUUGGGUCAGCGGGAAGCUCAGGCGGCGCUCAAUCUGAAGCCACAAGUUGCCACUCAGCCCCAAGAGAAUAAUUUCUCAAUCAGAGACUUCUUCGACUUUCCCCUAAUCUCCUCUACGCGACCAAAUCGAAACGAACUAGAGAUAGAUUUGCAGCUAUCGGAAAACAAUAGUUCGAGUCUUCCUUCUUCGUCUUCUUCUUCCUUGUUCUCCGCCAAGUCCACUUCUACUUCCACAACCUCUUCUUCUUCUUUCUCCUCGUCGCCGUCCUCAACUUCCACCACCUCUUCCUCUUCGUCUUCCUGCGAUCGUUCACUGUCCUUCUCGCCACAACGAGUUAGUCCCGUCAAGGAAUCCUCUGAUUCUUCAAAUGACUCUACCUUCUCGGAUGACGAAUGGGAUUUAGAGUCGAUUUUGGACAGUGCCAAUGGAAAUUCGGCUACCCUAUACAGACUGGCUGUAUGCUAUGAAAAGAAUCCCAAAGAAGAACAAAAACCAGAACUUGUUCUCAAGUUGUACGGGAUGGCAGCAGAUCAUGGUCAUACAAAAGCGAAAAAAUAUUUGGAAGUCUUAGAACAUCAUAAAAAAUUAGGAACUCUUGACGAUUUCUUGAAACAAAGAAAACGUUCCCGAACCAGUUCAACGCCAUCUGAAUGUGCUAUGAAAAAUUAGUUUUAGAAAUUAGUGAUUUAACAAAUGUGUUUCUCGCGAAAUGAGAAUUAGUAUUUUGUAAUUUUGUAAGUUGAUAAUUUCUUGACUGGUGCAUGGAAUUAGAAGCUCUUGAGAAGUAGCUUUAAAUGUCAAAUUGCCAUUAUGUUUGUUAAGUGUUUAUAGAUUAUUGUUUUUAGAUUAUAAGCUAGAAUAUUUUGCAUUCGGAAAGAAAGAUUGAAUACCAUGAAAUGUUUCUGCAAUCAUAUCAUAUUAGACGAUUCCGUUCAUCAUGAAUUAUUGUAAUUACUUAUACUUUUAUAUUAACAACUGUCCUCAAGUGUUUUCAACUAUAAUCCCCUAAGCAAUAAUAAUAAAUUCAACAUACCUGUACUUCCCAAAUUACUCGUAAGUUUGUAUAAGUUUUAUCAGUGCAUAGCAGUAUUAGUUCAUUAUUAUGGUGAAGAUGCAUGGUUUACACAUGACUAUAACAUACAAUUAUUUAUUGAAUCUUACUCCAACUAGUUGUAAGUAUUCUAAUAUCAGAGAGUCCACGAAACCCUAGAACUAAAUCUAUUGUGGCCUUCUUCAAAAAAAAACAUAGUAUACCAUAUUAUUAUAUUUGAAUAAUAGCAAUAUCCAUGUAUUGAAAGAACUGCAAUGCUGAAACACAAUCUGCAUAACAUGAGGAUCCGUUAAAUUAUUUGGGCUCAGUUGCACGAAAGCCUGUUGAAUUUUAAUCGUGAUUGAAUGCCAAGAGAACCAAUCAGAAAAAAGCCUCUUCUGAUUGCUUCUCGUGGUAUUUAAACAAGAUUUAAAUUGAACAUGCUUUUGUGCAACUGGAGCUUGGACUUUCUCAAUUCAUUUUUGAUUAUAAAAAUUAGUCCUGUUCAAUAAUUUCUAUUACUUGUACUAUUAAUCAUUUAUCAUUUUUAUAAACAGUAUUGUUUUGUGCUUACUGUACUUUUUAAUGUGCUAAGUAGUCUAAUACUAUAGGUUUAUUUUCAUUUCAUUUGUGUUCAUCUCAACAUACUAAGUUCAUUGGAAAUUUGUUUGCUAUCAAGUUAUCAAUUACAUGAUUUACUAAUUCGAAAGGUAAUUAAAGAGGAAACUAGAGUUGUAGAAGUCAUCCUGACAAAUUACAAUGAUUGGUGCCGAGAGUUGAAAAUAGAUUCAAUGUGAAUGUAACUAGUUUGAGAUCUCAAUUUUUUGUUUAUUAUUGACAAGGUAUUUUAUGACAACAUGCUUUAGUUUUGUAAGAAUCCUCAACUUUUUUUGAUUAGACAUGGCAUUUCAAGGUGUCUUCGUACAAAUAUUUCCAACAAUUUUUCAUCAAUUGAAAGGUAUAUUAAUUUUUCAAGAGUUUAACUUUUAUUGUAUAAAUAAAAUAAAUAAAAAAAUAAAUAUUGUCCUAAAAGCUUGAAGCUUUCUUCUUAUAUAGAUUGUGAGUGAAGAAGAUUGAAAUAUUUUAUUGUAUGUGUUGAAGUAAAAGCUGGAAGUAAAAUCUUAUCAAUAUUACUGAUCACUUUUGAGUUAAAUUCCAGUUACAUUUUGUAAUGCCAUGUAUUAUCAUUGAAUAUGUUUUAAGAAAAACUAUGUAAUAAUUUUCAAGUAUUUUUAUUUCUAAAAUUACCCAUUAGUGUUUUUAUACAAUCAUUGGAUUAACUGUGAUAUAUUUUCCUCCAAUUAUUUUAUUAUUUUUCAAUUACUCCAGGAAUGUAUGAAACUCAAGAUCGAGAAUAAAUGUACUUUUCUUCAGAAAUAAA